AUGGAGAUGUCGCUUCCGGAAGAGCUCGAGACGACAGACGUCGUGAUCGUCGGCUGCGGACCUACCGGGGCCCUCCUCACGGCUCUGCUAGGCAGGUUCGGAGUCCGCAACAUCGUCCUGGAGAGAGAGGCCGGCGUCACGAACGAUCCCCGUGGGAUCACCCUGGACGAGGACGGCCUGAGGCUGUUGCAGGAGGUUGGGUUGUAUGAUAAGAUCUACUCCGAGAUGGGCUCUUGUAUGUAUCGAACUCCAUUCAUGUACGUUUCUCGGUUUCUACGUGUUUGCAAGAUCCACUUCAUGACUAGCCGGAAUGACCUGCACGAGAGGCCUUUUCUGAAGUUCGACAUGGAUACAAGCGAGGGGGGAACUGGUCAUGUGGGGGUCAUAGUGCACGAGCAACCGGUGCUGGAAAAACACCUCCGUCUCGCAGCUUCGCGUCAGCCGUCAUCCGAGCUUAGAUCUUGCUGUACCGUCUUCAACAUCGAAGAGGACGCGGAGUGGGUAUAUUGCAGCUACCGGAAUGCCUCCGGCGAGGAGAAGAGGGUUCGCGCGAAGUUCCUGGUGGGCGCUGACGGUAAGACGGGCUACACGAGGAAGAUGUAUCUCGAGCCCCGGGGAGUGAUCAUGGAACAAGCCUCGGCAUUCGGAUAUAACGAGACGUGGGUGGCAUUGAACUUGAGGAUCACUCCUCCUACGCCGCAGUCACAUCCAGACCUGCCGUUCUGGCAGCUUGGGCACACGCCCGAGGAUCUUUACGACCUCUACUUCCCGCCCAAUUUCAGGUUCAUUUGUAGCGACAAGCGGCCAGUGGUCUGUGGGAGAUUUGGAACCGGCCGGGAACGCUACUGGAGGCUCGAGUUCGUGGUGAACAGCGACGAGGAUGCGGCGGAAAUGGCGACGGAGAAGAGGACUAUGGAGAUCGUCAUGCCCUAUCUCACCCACGAGGCGUCUAAAUACAAUUGUCCCGACAAAGACAUCCCAUUCCCAGCCGAUUGCAUCGAGAUCCUCCGCCUGAGACCCUUCGCAUUCUCCGCCCGAAGCUGCAACAAGUGGGCUAUAGGCCGAGUCAUCCUCGCCGGCGACUCGGCCCACGUCUUCCCUCCAUUCGGCGGCCAAGGCAUCUCCUCCGGCUUCCGCGACGCCUCCAGUCUCGCAUGGCGUCUCGCUCUCACCACCCGCGAACGCACCGAGAACCACGAGCAGAUCCUGGCCGGGUGGUACCGCGAGCGCCAGCAGCAGCUCCGCGUUUCCCUCGCCCGCACGAUCCGUAACGGCUCCCUCUGCACCCAGGGCAACACCUGGUCCUUCCUCGUCACGAAGCUGGUCCUGCGCCUCAUGCAGCUGCUCCCAUGGACCAACCGCGCCCUGGAGAAGGGCCCCCGCUCGCAAGGCUGCGUGCGCUACCAACCCGCAGACGGCCUCUCGUUCUUGGGGGACGCCUACGGCGGCAUCACGCUGCCCCAGGUCUACUGCGCCCCAACCUCUGCACCACCGGCAGCAACAACAGCAGUAAUAAUCACAGCAGUCGCGGUGCAGUUCUCCGACGACGUCAUCUUCGCCGCGCACAAGCGCGGCCUGUUCCAGCUGCUCGUCCUAGUACAAUCCCUCGCCGAAGUCGACGCCGCGCGCGAAUCGCUGCUGGACAUCGACAUCGACCGGCUGUCGAACGACUACGUCCGGGCUGACGAAGCGACCUUCCUCGUGCAGCAGUCAGAAGUUCUCAUACCCCCUCUCGAUGCGCACCCACCACAACCACGACGCGACACUACUACUACUACUACUACUGCGUUCCGGCUGGCGACCGCAGAGGAGUUUGCGGCGUGUGAAGCGCUGUGUAGAGGCCGGCCGAAGCCGCGGUACUAUGAUAUGUAUCGCAUCGGGAAGGACCUCGGGGGUAUGACCUUUGUGGUUGUGAGGCCGGAUCGGUUUACGUACGCGGCUUGUAGGAGUGUGGGUGAAUUAGGAGGUAUCUGUGCUGGGAUCCGGGAGAGGUUGGGGAUAGUAUAA